AGAUAGAGGGAGAGAGAAAGAGGUUUUGAAACAAGGUCAGAGGAACAGAAGAGGAACAAAGAGUGAGGAGUUGUGUUGAUGUAUGACCGACUGAAGAGGGAAGUAGCAAAUAAGGAAACACAUGACAGAAGACCGAUGUCAGAAAGCGGGGAAGAGCUGAGCGCGUACGACAAGUGGCGGAGCUGGCGUGCUGCUUUGAACAUGCCUCAGGGAACAUUCCGACAUCCUUCCCGGCGGUGUGCUCCUUCCAGCAGGCCGAAUUGAAUGGGAGCGAGAGGAGUGGGGGGGCCAGAAAACGAGGAGACCGUGACCAGAGGAGGAACACCAGAGGUCACCACCAGAGGUCAAAACCAGAGGUCAACACCAGGGGUCACCACCAGAGGAGGAACCGCAGGGAUGCAGGGAUCACCGACAAACUCGGAUUGAGUCGAAGCAAUAGGCACCGUUUGUUGGGAUUUCAAAUAUUUCCAUCUCAGACUCGUAUGAAACUAUGAUUGCUUCACGCCAACCCAAAGGGUCAGAAGCACCAGGAAAGGUUCAAGGUCUUUAUUCUUGAAACCAAACCUUAACCAAAACCCGAAACGGCUUCUGAGCCCGAGAAGAUAUUCACCGCCACCUUUCCCGGAUACGAUACUGCAGAUUUGAGACACGAUAUUUAUGUAUCGUGGCUACCAAUGUUACGUUGCACAAGUCACCAGAGUACGUGUUCGCCAUUUUUUUUAUAAACCGAAGCUGUUGGAGUUCCAGCCAGGCUUUAUCAAAGACGACCAUCCUGGGAGGUACAAACAAAAACAAUAAAAAACAAAGAUGGCGGAUGAAAAGGGCAGCGUGCUGGACUUUUUCAACCAGCUGUGGAACUUUGCUGCGGACAAACACAACCAAGGGGUGUACAACACGGUGUGCCUGGCCGUCCUGCUGGCCCUCCCCCUGCUGGUCCUGCUCACCUCGCUGGGGGUCUGCUGUCACUACUGCUGGGGCGGCAGUGGCUGCUGCUGCUGCUGCCGCCGAAGGGACAAGGGGGCCGUGACCGCGAGGUCGGACACAAAGAAGAAGAAAAAGCAAAACAGGGGGGACACGGAGGACUUGUGGAUCUCCGUGAAGACGGGACAGAUGACGCCCGACCGUAUCGCCAUGGAGAUGGUGUAGGGGGGGGGGGAGUUGUUGCGUUUUUAUUUGGUCGCUAGCACAGGACUCGGAUGUCAGAAUCGUCGUUCAGGAUCACAUGCCCGGGCAACACGAUAGGACUUAUUGAAUGUUGAAAAAAACAAAAAGCCAUACCUUCUGCAUGAAAAUAUGUGAACAAGAAUGAACCUGAGCUGAAGUCAGCACAGGACUAUGAAAAGACUGUGUAGGUAUUAUUAGUGCUUUGGUUAUAACGCGGGUUUCCAGAUGAUGUUUACAAUGUGGUACUUUUAUGAGUCAAUAUGGUUCACAGAAGCACACUGUGUGACUUGAGAGAUGAAUUGGGUAUGUAAGAGUUUAAAAAUGAUGCCUAGGGACUGUCUGCUUAAAACCAGGCAUAUUGGAAUGUGUGUGUACUGUGUGUGUGUUCAAGUGUGUUCAUGACAAAAAAAACUAAAACAUUGGUGUAGAAGUGACCUUUUAUGGUCAUUGGCUCUCACAAUGGAGCUUAGUUAAAGGACUGCUCGAUAUAGCUGGCAUGUUGAUGAUGAGCUAAAGCCAUCCAUUUCUUAAAAGUUCAGCCUAUUGCACUUGUCCAGCACCGUUUAAAAGGGUUGUUUUUAUGCUGUUCUCGCUGUAAGUCCUCAACCUGAUUGAUUCCUUGUUGAAAAGUACACCAUCCUAAGUCCACUUAUAGGAGACAUAUUAUGGUGUUUUCCCAACAAGUAAACAAAGUAUUUGAGUUCCAGAAAACAUGUUUUUGAAGCUGUUUGCUGGAUAGGUUCUAG